GAGUCAGGGCGCCCGGGCUUCCCCGCCUGAUGUCACCGCCGUGCAGUCAGCCCAGAGGCGGCUCAUUGAAAGCAGACCCUCCUCGCGAUCGCUGGGCGGAGAAGGCACCGCGGUCCGCAGACCCGCCGCGGGCCGGGCACAGCCGGGCACCCCCGGCCCGGCGCCCGCUCCUCCCCACGCUCCCGCGCCAGCCCGGCCAGGCGCGCCUGACGUGGACCAUUAAACUUGGAGCUGCCGCCUCGUCCCCUCUCUCCUCCUCCUCCUCCCUCUGACAGGCGAGCGAGCGGCUGGGUGCAGGCAGGCGACGUGCUGCCGGGCUGGGCUGCCCGGGGGAGAUGACUUCUUGCCAGGAAGACGCCUCUGGAAAGAAGACCACAGAGGGAGCAAAGUUUCAGGGCAGCUGAGGAGCCUUGGUCGCAGCCCUUCCGAGCCCAAUCUCCUCCCUGGCUAUGGAGGGCGGACUCUAAAAUGAAUCCCGAUCUGGACACCGGCCACAACACAUCAGCACCUGCCCACUGGGGAGAGUUGAAAGAUGCCAACUUCACUGGCCCCAACCAGACCUCGAGCAACUCCACACUGCCCCAGCUGGACGUCACCAGGGCCAUCUCUGUGGGCCUGGUGCUGGGCGCCUUCAUCCUCUUUGCCAUCGUGGGCAACAUCCUGGUCAUCCUGUCAGUGGCCUGCAAUCGGCACCUGCGGACGCCCACCAACUACUUCAUUGUCAACCUGGCCAUUGCUGACCUGCUCUUGAGUUUCACAGUUCUGCCCUUCUCCGCUACCCUGGAAGUGCUUGGCUACUGGGUGCUGGGACGCAUCUUCUGUGACAUCUGGGCAGCGGUGGAUGUCCUGUGCUGCACGGCCUCCAUCCUGAGCCUAUGUGCCAUCUCCAUUGAUCGCUACAUUGGGGUGCGCUACUCUCUGCAGUACCCCACGCUGGUCACCCGCAGGAAGGCCAUCUUGGCACUCCUCAGUGUGUGGGUCUUGUCCACGGUCAUCUCCAUCGGGCCUCUCCUCGGCUGGAAAGAACCUGCGCCCAAUGAUGACAAGGAAUGCGGGGUCACCGAAGAACCCUUCUACGCCCUCUUUUCCUCUCUGGGCUCCUUCUACAUCCCACUAGCGGUCAUUCUGGUCAUGUACUGCCGGGUCUACAUUGUGGCCAAGAGGACCACCAAGAAUCUGGAGGCGGGAGUCAUGAAGGAGAUGUCCAACUCCAAGGAGCUGACCCUGAGGAUCCAUUCCAAGAACUUUCAUGAGGACACCCUCAGCAGUACCAAGGCCAAGGGCCAUAACCCCAGGAGUUCCAUCGCUGUCAAACUUUUUAAGUUCUCCAGGGAAAAGAAAGCAGCCAAAACCUUGGGCAUUGUAGUCGGAAUGUUCAUCUUGUGUUGGCUCCCUUUCUUCAUCGCUCUUCCACUUGGCUCCCUGUUCUCCACCCUAAAGCCCCCGGACGCCGUGUUCAAGGUGGUGUUCUGGCUGGGCUACUUCAACAGCUGCCUCAACCCCAUCAUCUACCCGUGCUCCAGCAAGGAGUUCAAGCGCGCCUUCAUGCGUAUCCUUGGGUGCCAGUGCCGCGGUGGCCGCCGCCGCCGCCGCCGUCGCCGUCUGGGCGGCUGCGCUUACACCUAUCGGCCGUGGACGCGCGGCGGCUCGCUGGACCGAUCGCAGUCGCGGAAGGACUCUCUAGACGACAGCGGCAGCUGCAUGAGUGGCAGCCAGAGGACCCUGCCCUCGGCGUCGCCCAGCCCAGGCUACCUGGGUCGCGGAGCGCAGCCACCGGUGGAGCUGUGCGCCUUCCCCGAGUGGAAACCGGGGGCGCUGCUCAGCCUGCCGGAGCCUCCGGGCCGCCGCGGCCGCCUCGACUCCGGGCCCCUCUUUACCUUCAAGCUCCUGGGUGAGCCGGAGAGCCCGGGCACCGAGGGCGACGCCAGCAACGGGAGCUGCGACGCCACAACCGACCUGGCCAAUGGGCAGCCCGGCUUCAAGAGCAACAUGCCGCUAGCACCCGGGCACUUUUAGGGUCCCUUUCCUUCCCCCACCCCCCAUACACACCCCAGGGGGGAGGACACCAUCGUGGGGGGCGGGAGGGCGCGGGGGUGGGAGAAGUGUCAGCCCCGGGUAGACACAGGGUCGCAAGGGGACAAAGGGGGAGGGGGGCGGGGAGAGGGGCAGCUGCUUUUCUGGCAGGGGCAUGGGUGCCAGGUACAGCGGAGAGCUGGGCUGAGCAUGCUGAGAGCCUGGGGGCCCCCUGACGCCGGCCGGGACUUAAGUCUCUCUCUCUUCUCUCUCUGUAUAUAUAUAUAAAAAGAGUCCCUCUGUAUGUAUUUAUCUGUGGGUACACGUGCGUGUGUCUGUGCGGUGUACCUGUGGGCUGCAUGGGUGCGUGUGGGGGGCCUGCCCACCUGUGCGUGCUGGGGCGGAGCAAGUGUGCGCCCUGGCGAUAUCAGGUUUGUUGUUCGUCUCUUGACUUUGUACUUCUCAAGCCCCUCCUUGUUCUCUGGUCAAUGCUGGCACUUUGAUGGGGUUGGAAACCAAGUCAGAUAUUAAAAAUCAUUCCUCCUGUG